AUGAAGCCGGCGGAUACUAAUACUGGAGAUUCUGAAUCUGAGGAUUCUGAAUUUAACGUUGUGACGGACUUUGAAUCGGGACGUCAGUGGAGGAGGUGGAACGGGAAUGUAGUAAAAUGCGACGAGAAGAAUGCCUGGCGGAUAGAAAUUCCGAAAGUGGACGAGGUUCCGAAAGUGGACGAGGUUCCGAAAGUGGACGAGAAUAAUGGACGAGGUUUCGGAGCCCGAGCAAUGUUCUGGUUUAGUAUAGCUGCAUCAAACCAUCUAUUGAUAAUAGUAUCAAUGUUGGACGUUCGAGACCCACCCUGA